UUCAUGGACAACGUGAUCUCAAUGUACCAUUAUCGAACAAUUUCUAUUUUACGACAACAACAGACUGCGGACAACAGAUGAUCGGUUAACCAUCAACAUUAUUUUCUCUGUCGUCUGUACAUUCCUCCUAUUAAUUCUUAACUCGACAUAAACUGUUUGCAUCCGACUUGCACAAUAGAAGAAAGAGGAGAUCGCAUUCAUCUCUGUUACGAGGUUCUCUUGCCUCGGUUACGACUACCCAUUUUAAGAGAAACGAACGUCUGUGGUUUAUAGCCCCCAACAUCUUGCAGCGACAAAACUUGAAUCUUGCAGGCUUCAAAAUCUACCUACUCAACGACAAAACCUACUCCCAUCCUAAUUUCACCCGACGGGUGACACUCAAUUUGCCAAAUUCACGGUCCGCCGCAGCGUGACAAGAACGUCCUGCGGCGGAGCUCGACGUCACAUAACAAUGCCCGAGAAACAGAUCAACGUCCCCUCGAGGGCAUAUGGCUUCCCACCAGACGCUUACGACCCUUCGAUUCUUCCCGACUUUGAUGUCAGUUUUCUCCGCCCGGAGGAUCUCGAGGCCUUCAUUCAGGCGCUAUCGGCCCCAGAUACCACCCAGCCGCCCGACGACGGCCUUGCAUCUCCCCGCAGUCCCAGCGCGCGAAGCUUUAGCAGUUUCGACUUUACCAAGCGCGCCUCGAGCGUACUACCCGACGAUGCACAAGUCGUCGCUGCGCAUGCGGCGGCCGCUGGCGGCGAGACUGCACCUGUCCCAGGCGAGAACGAUACCAACAAUGCCAACGGGUUUGGCAACGGCUCGAGCCAGUCUUUGUUCAUAACAGCACAGUCGGACUGGGCCCCCGUUCAUGAGAAAGUUAUAGGCUCACAGACUCAUCGACAAAAGAAGGGCUCGCGGCGUCGGAAGCGUUCCAAGGCCGUAGCGCCGGGACGCCGAACGCGUGACGAGACUCGUGAGGGGUACUUAUACGGGCUUCUAAAGUGGCCUUUUCUGCUCAUAGUCGGAGCAUGGAUUGUGGGGCUGGCAGUCACGUACUUGUUCACGCGCGCCUACAUUUUUUUCUACGAGCAAUUUGUGGCUUGGAGGGGCCGUAGAGAGAAGCUUCGCCGUAAUAUGCGAGCCACUUCACGAUAUCCCGACUGGGUCACGGCCGCUCGGGACCUGGACAACUUCUUGGGGAAUGAGGCGUGGAAGGAGCAGAAUGAGUUCGCCUACUAUGACAGUAAGACCAUUCGGCGCGUGUGGGAUUCCCUUCGGCGCUCCAGGAUAAGAGCGGCGCAGAUGGAAGCCAGCGGCUCUCAAUCAUCGUCGUCUUCCAGUGAGGGCAAAACAACGCCAAUCGAGGAUCUCAAGGUCCUGAUCGAGGCUUGCGUCAAGAACAAUUUUGUUGGUGUGGAGAACCCUCGCCUCUAUAGCCAGACUUACUACGGCACCAAGAACCUGGUGCAGAACUACGUGGACGAAGUCGAGAAAAGUCUCACAGCCUUGCUCGAAACUAAGCAGCUCAGCAUGGAAGACAAGAGAAGCAUUUUCAAACGGGUUAGCGCAAACUAUGGACGUACCGCGCUCUGCCUUUCCGGUGGUGCAUCGUUCGCCUACUACCACUUUGGCGUCGUCAAGGCUUUGCUGGAAGAAGACCUUCUUCCCGACGUCAUAACGGGAACGAGUGGGGGUGCUUUAGUCGCGGCUCUUGUAGCUACCCGCACCAACGAGGAGCUAAAGAAACUACUGGUCCCGGCCCUUUCUACCAAGAUCACGGCGUGCAGGGAGCCCAUAUCUGUCUGGUUCCGAAGGUGGUGGUCCACCGGGGCCAGAUUCGACUCGGUUGACUGGGCUAAGCAGUGCUCGUGGUGGUCACAUGGGUCCAUGACAUUCAGAGAGGCCUAUGAGAGGACUGGCCGCAUCCUCAACGUCUCUUGCGUGCCCGCCGACCCGCACUCGCCAACCAUCCUCUGCAACUACUUGACCUCUCCUGACUGUGUUAUUUGGUCUGCAGUCUUGGCUUCGGCUGCUGUGCCAGGCAUCCUCAACCCUGUGGUGCUUAUGAUGAAAAAAGCAGAUGGUAAUCUUGCACCCUACUCGUUUGGGCACAAGUGGAAAGAUGGAAGCCUGCGGACUGACAUUCCCAUCCGUGCGCUGAACCUGCAAUUCAAUGUCAACUUCACCAUUGUCAGCCAGGUAAACCCACACAUCAACCUCUUCUUCUUCAGCAGCAGGGGCUCGGUUGGACAGCCCGUCACGCAUCGUCGUGGCAGAGGAUGGAGGGGUGGCUUCUUGGGCAGCGCAACUGAGCAGUACAUCAAGCUUGACCUCACCAAGUGGCUCAAAGUGCUUCGGCAGCUGGAGCUACUGCCUAGACCACUGGGUCAGGACUGGUCGCAACUGUGGCUGCAACAGUCUUUUGGCGGAACCGUCACGAUCUGGCCCAAGACGAUUCUAUCCGACUUUGUGCACAUCCUCUCUGACCCAGACAUGGCUCGUCUCGCGCGCAUGAUUCAUGAGGGCCAACAGUCGACGUUUCCCAAGAUCAAGUUCAUUUCCAACAGGCUGCGCAUCGAAAGGCUUAUCGAGCGUGGUCGGAGAGAGACGCGUCCUUAUAUCCGGCGCGGUAGCGUAGAAAGCAUCAUAAGCGAGGACGACCUUCGUGAGCUCUUACUGCUUCGUGGAUCGGCCAACGGCACAGAUGAGGAUGUCACCACCAACGACGAGAUGGAGUUUGCAUCGGACGAAAAGGCCGUACUUACUGAAGAUGAGGGGCAGUCUGAUGGUGUAACUGUUAAUGCAGAAGGCAAACCUCUUAUGGAAUAGUCUCUAGCCAAUGGCACGAAUGGUGUUAAAGGGAAGACCAGUAUGCCUAUCCUAGAAGGGAAUAAGUACCGUCAAAGUAAAUGUGCCUAUCCGGAAAAAAGUAUCGAAAAUUCUUUCUGCGAAUUGGGAUGAGGUGUAUAAAUGAGUUUGAUAGACCAUCUGCAUUUUCUUUAUGUAAAUCAUUUUUAUUGAUUCUGUCAGCUAUCACUUUGCUCGUUGCAUCAUGAUA